CGACAUAGAUAACAGCGGUUACAUUGCACAGACGAUCUAUCUCUUUCUGUAACCCAACGGUCAUAUUCCCUGUAAAAAAACAAACCCUCAAUCACUCUUCUAACACUUCUUCGAAUCUUUACUCCAACCAACCAUGGCUCUUGAACUUUCUCGUUCUCUUCGCCUCUUCCUCCUCAUCGCCACCGCAAUACCCCUCUACUCCGCCGCAUCCUCCCCACCACUCACUACUCUCCGCCAACAACAGCCGCCCGGCGUUUCAAUCAAACUCUGGUGUGUGGCCAAGAACAACGCCGACGACUCCGCCCUUCAAUCUGCAAUCGAUUGGGCGUGUGGGACCGGUGGAGCGGAUUGUACACUCAUCCAACAGGGUGGACCCUGCUACGAUCCGGCAGACAUCAGGAGAACGGCGUCGUAUGCGUUCAACGAUUACUGUACCAAGAACGGAAUGUCGGAAGAUACCUGCAAUUUUGCCAAUACCGCUGCCCUCACUUCCCUUGACCCAAGUCAUACCCAUUGCAAAUUCCCAUCAAGUUUGGAAGGGAAGAGUGGAGAGGGAAAAGGAACAGGAACAGGAGGAGGGGGAUCAACUGCAGAUCUUACAAGCAGAGGAGGUAUUAAUAUUGCAUGUGAUUGUGGUAUGUGGUGUAGGGCCAUUUUGGUCAUAAUCCAUUUCUUUUGGUUAACUGUAGUUUAGAUAUAUGGCAAAAGCCAAUUUAGGGUGUAUUUUGUUUUUGUCCAACCAGUUUUUCAAGAUUUUAGAACUUGGAAAGGGUGAAAUCCAUCCAUUAAUUAAUCUCUAUUAGUAUUAUCUUCUUUUAUGUAAAUUGAUUAUGGCACGACAAAUAAAAGUAAUAUCUUG